GUGACCAAAAUAAUUGUUGUCGUGUUGUAAACAAAACGUUGCGAAUGCAUAUGGAAAAUCAAAUUUUCAAAAAAAAGUAAAUCACAAAGCAUUUAAGAAACGCAAAAUGGGAUUCCUUUCAGUUUUGAAGAAAAUGCGUCAAAAAGAAAAGGAGAUGCGGAUAUUGCUUCUUGGAUUGGAUAAUGCCGGCAAAACAACAAUAUUGAAAAGAUUUAAUGGCGAGUCCAUAGAUACAAUUUCGCCUACAUUGGGGUUUAAUAUAAAAACACUAGAGCACAAUGGAUACAUGUUAAACCUGUGGGAUGUGGGUGGCCAAAAGUCACUACGUUCUUAUUGGCGUAAUUACUUCGAAUCAACUGACGGCCUAGUAUGGGUGGUGGACAGCGCAGACCGCAUGCGUCUUGAGUCAUGUAAACAGGAACUUAGAGUUCUAUUGCAAGAGGAGCGGCUUGCCGGCGCUACACUGCUGGUACUAGCUAAUAAGCAGGAUCUGCCCGGUGCGCUCAGCGCUAGCGAUAUAAAAGACAUUCUCCAGCUGGACGAUAUAACAACACAUCAUUGGCUGGUUGUGGGCGUGAGUGCCGUGACUGGAGAAAAAUUGUUAGGCGCUAUGGAUUGGCUUAUAGACGAUAUAGCAAAGCGCAUAUUUACAUUAGAUUAAUACUCACACUUUCUUAAAGCAAGUUUCAGUACUUUGUAUUAUUAGGCUUUCUAUAAUCUCGAACUUAUUUUUCUAACAAAUAUAACUUAUAUAGUUGUUCUUCCGCUGCACUUUUAAA